GGUAGGUAAGCAAGGUAGCUAGCUAGUACUACACUUGGUUCCAGGAUGUCGUGGGCGGUGGACAUGGAGAAGAAGCUCGACGACGCUGAGCAACCGGCUAAAGUGGAGAGAUGGUUGAAGCACUGCGUUUUCCGUGUCCCAUCGCGCUUUAAGAUGGCCAUUAUUGGAGGGGCGAGCUGCGUAUACAAGCCACAGACGGUGUCCCUUGGCCCAUUCCACCAUGGCGACAAGGACCUGAAACCCAUGGAGGAGCACAAGCUGAGGGCCGUCCGUCGCCUCCUUCACCGGCCCAACUGCAAGACAACCCUUGCCGAGCUCAUCGCCGUCGUGGAAGAGGUGGCCGACGACCUGCAGGAUGCCUACAUGGACCUAGGCCAAGAGUGGCAGGGCAAGGAGAACAGGGGCAAGUUCCUAGAAAUGAUGAUCACGGACGGCUGCUUCCUGCUAGAGGUGAUGAGGACAGUUGCCGCCAUGUAUCAGGAAAAUGGAUCCAUUUUCAUGGCCGUGGCCGACAAGCACGGUGACCCCGUCUUCAGCAAGCACGGAAUUCAGCACAUCAAGCCAUUCGUCCAACGCGACAUGCUCAUGAUCGAGAACCAACUCCCACUGAUGUUGCUCCAGAAGAUCGUUGCAGCCGAGGAGGGCAAACCACCGAGCACGGCUUCGAUAAAUUUCAUGGUGCUUAAGUUCCUGGAAAGAGAAGAUGUCCCGGAAGGGCUCAACCUAGGACUCCACCCGCUUGACAUCUACCGGACGAGCUGGCUCAAGGCAGGGAUGAAGACAAGGGGCGACAAACAAGGGCAAUGCCACCCACAAGGCCUCCUCAAGAUAAAAAGCUGGAUGCAUUCAUGCUUCAAGGCCCGCCAACAUAAUAUUCAUAGGGACAGGGGUGUGGAGACAGAGACCGGGGCAUCGCGUCUUCCCCAAACAACUAUGCAUCCGCAGAGAGUGGUGCCACGGUCGGCGUGGAAGUUGUCUGAGGCAGGCAUUCAGUUCGUGCCCAGCAACACGAGCUGUCUUGACGACAUUAACCUGGAUAACUGGACGCUCUACAUGCCCAAGGUACUUAUAGACGACUCGACCGCCUACAAGUUCCACAACAUGAUGGUGUUCGAGGCGAUGCACGUGGGCACCAAAAACGACGUGACGGCGUACGUGUUGUUCGUAAAGGACCUCGUGGAUUCCACCGACGACGUGCGCCUGCUGGUGAAGAAGAUGAUCCUGGAGCAUGACCUUGCCGACGACAACGCUGCCGUGGUGAGGCUCUUCAACGGCCUCACCAAGGAUGUGUACGAGAACCAGAAGAGUCAAUUGUGCCGCGUGCAUGAUGACCUGGUGCACCACUACACCAAUCACCGUGCGCGUGUCAACAUGUACGAGUGGUGGGCACGCCUUAGGAGCAAGUACUUCAAGAGCCCCUGGACGGCCCUUGCCCUUCUUACCGCCGUCCUGCUCCUGGUCGGAGACAUCGUGCAGUCCGUGUAUGCAGUCCUAGACUAUGAUCCCAAAAAGGCCAAACCCAAAAUGGAUUAAUCGGAGAGAUGCUUUUGUCUUGUCGCAUUGUUUCCCAGCAAGUUGAAGUGGAAGAAAUCCAAGUGGUAUCCCUUGUGUUAUUUACUCUCGCACGGUGCUUAUUCGGUCCUCAAAAUAUAUCGAUGCACAUUGUUAUGAUG